AUAUCAUUUGGAUGCUGUGGUUUAGACCUGGAGGGCUCAUCACACAUCAACGCAGUCACAACCGCUCCUCCGACGGUUUAACAACCAUUUUCAUUCUCUGCCUCCGUAACAACUCAGAUCAAACGAAACUUCACAAAAUAAGUUAAUCAAGAUGGGAAGGAAGCUGGAGUUGAUGAUGAUUAUUGUGCUCGUUGGAGCCUUAAUCGUUGAUGUUUCAGCCGAAAGAAGAAAAAAAAAUCGUCGUCGGACAACGACAACGGAAUCUCCGUUCCAGCAGGAAGUGAUGAAUAUGCUGGAGGCAGACGAGGCUGCAGAGACUGGAAGUGCAGAGUCCGUGGAGAAGAAACAACCGAUGCUAAUGGACCCAUGUAUGGACAAACAUUGUGGCGCAGGGAGAGUUUGCAAGUCGAAUGAUAUGGGAAUCGCCGAGUGUGUCUGUGUGGACUCGUGCGACGAGGAGAUCGACCCCAGGCGCAAGGUCUGCACCAAUUACAAUGAGACAUUUGGCAGUGAUUGCGAGGUUUAUCAGGCUCGAUGUUUCUGCGAUACUAACGAUGCCAGGUGUCGCGGUGCCGAGUAUCAACAUGUCCAUAUCGAGUAUUAUGGAGGAUGUCGUCAGAUGCCGAUGUGCAAGGAGGACGAUAUGCUCGAUUUUCCCAGGCGCAUGCGGGACUGGCUCUUCAACAUAAUGCGCGAUCUAGCUGAUCGUCAGGAAUUACCCUCUCACUACCUAAAAAUGCAACGGGAGGCCGAGACUAAUUUGACCUUACGCUGGACUAAUGCCGCUAUAUGGAAAUGGUGUGAUCUUGAUGGACACCCACAUGAUCGCGCCAUUUCGCGUCACGAACUUUUCCCCAUUCGUGCACCCCUCAUGGCACUCGAGCACUGCAUUGCACCCUUUCUCGAUGGUUGUGAUGCUGAUAAUGAUCACAAAAUCACCCUCACCGAGUGGGGAAAGUGUCUUCAAUUGGAGGAGGGAGAUUUGGAUGACAAAUGUGACGAGAUUGCUGGAGCUAAUCUGAAUUGAAGCAUUCUUACAAGAUCGUAAUGGCAAAUCAAUCAAACGGCCGGCCACUGGGUGUUGAGUCGAUUUUAAUAAAAUCUGGGGAUCAUUGUUGUUCUGGAAAUUUCAGACGGAAAAAUGUGGAAAAAAUGAUAACUCUAGCUGGCUGACGAGAGCACAAUCGUCAAUCCCCAUAUCCCCGGACAACCCUCAUCAAUACUGGAGCUUCCACAAGCCGUAAUACCAAAAAUUCGAUGCAUUUCCAUCUUUUUCAUCGACCUCUUUACCUUCAUUAUAGAACACUCAUUGCCAUUGCGAUCUUGGAAUAUUUUUCUCUUUCGAGAAUGCCAUUGGAUUUUCAAUUAAUUUUUCAUUUUUUUCAACGAUAAUUGAUGUAAUUAAUGUUCACUGUUUUGGAGCAUUUUUACUCAUUGACAUCCUAUAAUUUUUCUAUUACUAAUUACUUAUAUUGGUUAAUAAAGAGUAAUCAAAGAUAAAAA